AUGCCGUUUGACAACAUCAAGACGAGGAUGCAGAGCGUCAACGCGCGAUACAAGGGGAUGCUGGACUGCGCCGCGCAGACCCUUCGCGAGGACGGCGUGCUGGCGUUUUGGCGAGGCACGUCGCCGAGAUUGGUCCGGCUGACUCUCUCGAGCGGCAUCACGUUCACGGUAUAUGAUCAGGUGGUGCGCUUGAUCAAGUCGGCCCAGGCAGACCGCGACGCCACUGACCUACAGCGCGUCUAA